AUGGAUGAGGAACUGAAGAUUUUCAUCAAAGUAUGGGUUUCUGCGAUAAUCUCGGUAACCUACUGUUACUUUAUAUCAUCCAGAAUCAAAACUGGUGUUCUUCGUUUACUCUCUAUCAUUCCCGUAUGUGCUCUCUUCUUCAUUCUCCCUCUCUUCUUGGCCUUAAUGAAUCACAUUUUAUUCACAUCGCUUUUCCUCACAAUACUUGCCAGUUUCAAACUUAUCCUCUUUGCUUUUGACCAAGGUCCUCUUUUUCAUCUUCCAUCAAAUCUCACCCGAUUCAUAUGCUUCACUUGCUUGCCUAUCAAGCUUCAGCAGAACCCUAAUUCUCAAAACCUUGUCCCCAAAUGGGUUUUCGGCAUUAAAGUUGCAAUCUAUAGUCUUUUGUUAAAUUUUUAUUGUGACAAUCAUAACCUACCUCGAGUUCUGCGGAUAGGUCUCCGUCCUGUGCACAUGUACUUGGAAUUUGAGAUUUUCUUAGCCCUCAUCAAAUUUCUGGUCACGAUCACUCUUGGGUGUGACCUAGAGCCACAGUUCAACGAGCCAUACUUAGCCACAUCUCUUCAAGACUUCUGGGGUCGCCGCUGGAACCUAAUGGUCUCAUCGAAUCUCAGGUUUGCUUUUCACGAGAUUAUACACUUCUAUUUAACACGUGACGCACCUUCAUGGGAGCUCACCGCGUACUUUGUGUUAAACGGAGUUUGCACGGUGGUGGAAAUGGCGGUGAAGAGAACAAAGUUUGGGAUGCGGUGGCAGCUGAGACCGGUGGUCUCUUGGCUGCUGACGUGGGGAUUUAUAGUUUCAACUGGUGCUUUUCUGUUUUUCGAUCCGUUACAAUACGACAGAUACGAUAUUAGAUUAACUUAA